CGUGCUCUCCGUGUUUGUGCAGAGAAGCCGGGGCGUAGCUGUUGCGGCACGUGUAUGAGCUAGCGUCUUGGUUUGAGUUCGCUGAGUGAAAUUGUCGAGAAAAUACCAACCGGACCAAAUAUUCAUCAUGGCUUACUUUACCCAUUGCUGCUGCGGCUGUAUGACCGUCAGGACUGGCACCAAAGUGCUGGCGAUUCUGAGUGUGAUUGGUUUUACAAUUGGUUUGGUGACCUACUCAGCAGUCUGCGCAAACUUUGACAAAAUCUUGGAGAUGUAUGAGCAGUACCCAGAGAUGCAUGAUGCCGUGAAAUCAACCUAUGGGCUUUUCGUGGCCUAUGCAGUCAUCAGUGCCAUUGGCUUAGUAGCAGCCUGCCUUUGCAUCAGGGGAGCUUACACUGACCAACGACACCUGCUGCUCCCAUACUUGGUGUUCGAAGGACUGUUGAUGCUCGUCCAGGGUGUGACCAUCAUCAUUGUCAUAAUCGCAAUUGUCGCCAGUGGUGCUACUCAGUUCCUUGUGCUCCUCUGCUCACUCAUGCUGUCCCUGGCCUUGCAGAUUUACUUUUUCAUGGUGGUGCUGUCAUUCUACAAGCAGUUGGCCUUUCUCAGCCAGAACCCAGGACAGGGGGGCAUGAUGACCCAAGGUGCUGUUAUGGUUCCCAGUGGCUAUGUGGCACAGCCGGGGUACCCUGACGCCCCGCCACAGUACCAGCCACAGUACCAGCCCUCCGCGCCUGACAGCAAGAUGGGCAUGGUGUAAAAGGGCAACUCUAAACAACAGUGGCAGUGAUUUACCGGUUGUUGUUGUAGUGCCAGCUGCAGGCCUGCAAUGCUAGCUGCUGCGAGUUCAUGUGACUGCUUGCAGACAUCUUUUUCUGCGGUGCUGAAGUUGUACCUGCUGUACUUUUCAUGGCCAGUUUUUGUUGCCAUUGGUUAUUUCUUUGUUUAGACCUCACUCGGUACUCGGGUACAUCUUCAUUCGCUUGUAGUCUGGUUUGGCAGCGAUUGAAAUUUGAGCGGUGGAUGCAGGAAAAUUUUGGUUAGCCAGUGGCUCUCUUCAUGAAUUCCAGUGAGAGCUGCAAUAAUGUAACUAUUUUAAAACUCGUUUUUCAGUGUAAGAAAAAAAUGUAUAGUACUCAUUGCGCUUACCCGGUGAAAAAAAAAAAAAAAAAGAAAUGUGCAAAUUGCAAACGGUGAAACGAACUUGCAUGUUCCCGAGAAUCUCGACCUAGGUCCUUUUAAGUUUGCUGUGGUUUCUGUGCUGUAUAUGGGGCAAAGCAUACAUUUCCCACUGCACAGAGUACAAGUUCAGGUUUGCCUGUGACAUUGUUUUAAUUUUCCUCUUAUUCUAGCCUCUUGAGUUGAUUACUUUAAUUGUGACAUGUCUUUUCUUUUUAAUUGGGACAUUAUGCAGUGUUGCAUUGACUGAACUUUGGAUCUGCACUUUUGCUUAUUUAUCAUGCAGCAUUUAUUUGCAGCAGUUCUUGACAUCUUUUGACAUGGUCUUAUACCUGACAUUGCAAAACACUUUCUCAUAAUUUGUGCUGUUUGCAUGUAGAUUGUACAUAAUUUCAAUUAAUGUGCUUAUUUUUUCUCAUAUUGCAUUUGAGUGCAGCAGGCAACAACUAGCGUUUCACACUUCUCAUUGCAUGAAGCAUCAAGUGUACUUAAGCGUACUCUGCCUCAGCACUUUUUUGCGCUUGUACCUCUGCAAUUUUCUAGUCUUUCAAAAGCGUUCUUGGAUUUCCUCUACUUCCUUGGCGUCGUUCAAGAAUUUUGUAAGCUCCUGACUAUAAUGGGAGCUUUGUUUACAUAAGUGAUGUGCCUUGCAAUGUCCAGCUUACAGCAGUUUCAGCAUAUUUGUAUUGCAACAUAUAACAGCCUGUGAAAUGUUGAUCACCAUGCUUUUCCAGUGGCACUUGUUGAAUUGUGAAACCACUGUUGAGGCAUCGAGCUUGUUCUCCAUUGCUUUUUUUUUAAUGCAAAAGCCUGUUGCAUUGUUGUUGUCUUCUUUCAUGAAGGUGUUCAUGCCACUGCUUUAUUUUUGUUCUGCAUUUUGCUCUCUGCGACCUUUGAGGUUGCCUUUUUAUCCCUGUUUUUUUUUUUUCCCGUGAUGCAGUUACGACUUAUUUUUGCUAAGCAUUUCUUUGUUAGGCGCAAGAUUGUGCUUUGUUUGCAUUUAUUUGAUACAUUAAUAAAAUGGAAGUCUGUUUCCCAAAUC